AUGGCUCAGUGGGGUGAUGCGAAGCUCUUCUUUUGCUUCCUCUUCAUCACUUGGUGCUGCACAGGUGAGUUGACCAGCCUUUUUUACCAGCAUCUUUCUAGGCUUCAUCAUUGAACACAUACAUGUAGCUACAUAUUUAGCAUCCUGUAAGAGGUCAAAUCAGGCAACACUUAAGGCUUUUGUUGACUCAGACUAAUUGUAGGAAAGGAUGAGAUUUAUACAACACUGAAAAUAAGGGUUUAAUUAUCUGUGUGGUGGAUUUCUGACACAUUCAAAGAGAGCAAAACACAAACUGUAAAGGGAGCCUUUAUAACAGCCAUAAAGACGAGGAAAUACUGAGUGAGACUUUAAUUCCACAGUUAAAAUCUUAGUUUCUUGGGGUCAUUGCUUUAAAAAAGGUUAUAAACCACACUUCAUUUAAAGCAACAAACUGUAAAAUCUAAUAUUGAAUACAAAUUUCUUAGGAGGCUUGAGCUGGCUAGCAUUCACUUAAGUGCAAAAAUAAGUCAGUUUUUUCAAAAUAAUAUUUAUCCAGUUUACAUUAUAAAACAUUCAUGUACAAGAAAACUUGACAGGUAAAUACAUGUUUUUUAAAAAAGCAAAAAAGUUCAAGAUGAAAGAAGAGAUAGAUUUAAGAAAUAUAUGAAUAAAAUGUCUACUGUGCAGAGGUAGCCUGCUGAAGAACUAUUAUAUGUAGUGCAUCAAUACAUGUACAAUUAUGUGUAUCACCAAGAGAGAACAUCCUGUAUUGAAAUAUGGAGACAAAGUGCCCAAAACUGCAGUUCUCCAAGUGUCCACUAGAGGCAGGCUUUCAAAGCCCAAAAAACCACGUACACACCUGGGGUUUAGGUUUAAGUUUACUUAGUCUGAACACAGUAACCAUAACAUGAAACUUUACCAAACAAAAACCACUGAAACAGACUAAUAUGUGAUUAAAAAUAAAGACCAGCUCCAUCAAUCAGACCCCAAAAGAGAAUGCCAAUAUAAGAGAUGGAUAAAUAUCCCUCUAAUGAAGCUACUAAUAAUCUUUGGAGUACAAUCAGAUAAGAACAGGUUAAAAAUGCUGAUAAACAGUGCUUAUACAGUGUGCAAAUAUCAUCAUGUUCAGCUUAGUGAUGGCAGCAGGACCACAGCUAUUUUUAACAGGAUUCAAAACUCUGCUUAAGAAACAAAUGGGUUACAUCGCUAAGACUUUAUCACAAAGUUUGACACAGAUAAGAGUAUGAAUAUGAACAGACUUAACUUUUCUGGAUGAGUGUGAUUUGUUGGCAGUCAAGAAGGGAGAAAAAAAAACGGAAAUAUGUCACGCUCCAAUGUGAGGUCUUACAGUUUGAUAGACUUUAAUAGAGGGGCAAGAGGGCAGGAAGUGAUAAAAAUGAUGAAAUCCUGGAGGCUGGAGUGAGUCCAGAGGAGGAGUAGUAAAUAAAAAGAGAAAACAUCUAACUGGGGCCAUGUUUGGGGUUCAACAUCUGCAGCUUUUAAUUAUUUACACACAACUGUGAAAGUUUGUGAGUACAGAAUGUUAUUUUUCUCCAUUCUUAUGACAGCAGUGUCUGAGACAGCUUUACAAUCUGUACGUCUUUACAGAAUAAGACUUGUGUUAUAAAACUCCUCAUUCAAAAUAGUGACAAAAGGAGCCUUAACAGUCACUAAAUCAUAAAAUUUUGAGGAAGAUCUAGGUUUAAUAAUCUCAGAAGUCUGAUGUAAAAUGAAGUUAAAAUGAGUUAACUCUUUAGAUUUUUUCAUGUCUGCAGCACCAGGAUGAUUAGAUAAUCAGUCUCAUGCUGGUGUGAUGUUGGAGUUCCCCUCGGUUGUACUUUGUAGUCAGUGAAAGUAGAAGUUGAAGCGUCAAAAAUCCUGGCUACGUGCCAAAACUAGUGAGGCAACUUCUGUAAUUAAAGUUAUGACUCUGCAGUUUCUGUGGGAACAUAGGAUGUUUUUUCACACAGAGAGCACGCCGAAAAGGAGACCUUUGACACCUAUUUGCUUCAUGGGUUUCCCCUUAUCUUAAUACAAGUUUGUGAACUGCAAAAUCCCCUUUUAAAUCACUGCACGUGAGUUUUAUUUAAUUGCAUUUAAAGCAUAAAAUAUAUUUGACUUAACCUUUAAAAAAACAGAUAUACAUACUAAUUCAAUCAGUUCAUAUUAAUAAGAGUAAAAGAAAUGUUUAGAGCAUGUGUAGCUAGCACAACCCCAAUUCUAAAAAUGUCAGGGUCGCUCAGAAAUUAGAUAGGGAGAUCCUCAACACCCAGUGAGCAACUGCAUGAGCAAAUACAUCAAUAAUUACCGGUUCUUCAGCAGAAAAUCUCAAAAAGUUUGAAUAACAGGUGUACCGUUCUGUCCUCGAGAGGGAAACUGCCCUCUCAAGGACAACCAAGUAGAUCCUUAACACCACACACCCUGCCUCUGUGUACUAAACAGUAUAAAUAUGGGAUAAUGUUCAGUCAAUGUUCAGGUGGUAAUGUUGAUUAGUAUACCAACAAGCUGAGCAGCCAUUAUCAAAAACUGUUUUUUUUUUUAAUAUUCCACACAAGUUUUACAACAUUACCAUUAAAAGGUGAACAUUGAUUAAAUUCAGCUAAUAUUUACAAUUUAUGGAACAUUUUUACUCUCCUGUAAAUUAAAUAUAGAACUGUAUAUUCAAAGUUCUCUCCUGGAUCACCUUUGGCACAAGAGCGCCUCUGGGAAUAAACCUUACGUCACCUGAUAUGUUCUUUUAAAGUUUAGAGUAUUGGGUUCCUGUUUUAAAGCAUCAACACUUCAGUGUUUAAUGGGCCAUAAAAUCCUGACACACUCUGUCAACCACACACAAACACACCCAACACCAUACUAACCUCGUAAAAUACCCGCUAAAGGGAUCUGGUGUCACAUAAAGAUCCUUAUUGAGUUUAAUUUGAUGAAGGUUUUUUUUUUUUCUUUCAUUAAAACACAUCAGUGAAUCAAGUCAUGACCUGUAAAGAACUGUUUAGAAUUACAGUGAUCUCUGCAGGCACUAAAGUGGUUGUAAAGUCUGUAAUUACACCUUAAACACGGGGAGCAGUGGUGAGCUUUGUUUACUGAUAACAAGAAAUUAAACGCUAAUAUUAGAGAUUUUCUCAGGUGUCUGAUUCAAACAGAAAUUUAAAUAUCUACCAGCCUACAAGUCUUCAGGUAAGAAGGCACUCAGACAACAGCCAAAAUUGAGUGUAAUUUAACCAAACUUAAUCAAGGGAGCACAGUGUAAGUAGGUAAUUCAUGUCAUUACCUCCGCCAAGGAGGUUAUGUUUUCGGUAGCGUUGGUUUGUUUGUUUGUCUGUUAGCAACUUUACGGAGAAAGUAACAGAUGGAUUGAAUGACAAAAUUCUGGAUACUGUGAUCCAGAACACACAAAAAUAAGGGUGUCGUUGGAAUUUUCAAUGCUGAAAGAUAACGAAUGGGCGGCACAGUGGUAUAGUGGUUAGCACCGUCGCUUCACAACCAGAAGGUCCUGGGUUUGAAUCCAGGUCAAGGCAUUUCUUGUUUCAGGAACAUUAUGAACAGUGAACAUACCAGUUUAAACACAAAUAAAAGUUAAUAAAAGACACGUAGCAGUAAAAGUUUUGCUGUGAAUCACAAUAUAAGGGGGGACAUGAGCUGCUUGGCGGAGGUCAGCGCUCUCCGAGUGCUUUUCUAUUUUUCUUUCUUAUUUUUUAACCAAAAUAACUGACCACACUAUGAGUGCUUUGCUUUAUGAAAUAUGUCCCUUGAGGAAAAGUGAGUUGCAAUAAAAGUCCAAAGCUGAUGAUAACUGGGAUGAGUGUCACUUCAUACUGAGUUGUUUCUAUCUUCUGUCUUUCAGUGACCCUGGCUGAGGUACCUAUGGACUGCUGCCUGAGUGUCCUCACAGACAGAACAGUCCCUAAACAUGUGGUAGCAAACUACCGCAAACAGAUCAGCGGACAAGGAUGCUCUUUGGAUGCUAUGAUGUAAGUCCUGGCUUCAAGUACAUAUUUGUUAUCAGCAGACUGUACUCCACACAGAUGAAUUUAAUCGUAAACAAUCACAUCUGACCUGGACGAUUUUGUGGUGUUGCAGUUUGGUGACCAGGAAUGGCGUCAAGCUCUGCGCACCAGUUAACGUGGACUGGGUCCAAGGAGUGAUUGAGCACGUGGACAAAGUGAGGGCACACUGCAAGAAAAUGAAUUACAAGGUACGUUGUCUUUGGAUAUUUUGCUGCUCACAAAUGUAGAGUCUUGAAAGCAACAAGCUCAAAUUCAACAGAGGUUGUCAUUCUCUUUCCUAAAGUUUCAAAGCUCAUCAUUUUCACACUGAAGUAAUUUUGGUUUUGUUUUCUCUUUCUUUGUGUGUUUACAGGGAAAACGCUGCGCUGGAAUAAAGCCAUAG